UUCGCUCCAGGAUGUGAUAGAAGAAUGCAUUCGGUGUUAAAGCAAGUCUGGAGAUGAAAUUUCUGAACAAAAUACGGAUGAUUCGUCAAAUGUUGUUUCCGAGUCAGAGGUGUUUAUGGAGGGAGGAGACAUUACUCUGGACAAAUCGUCAUGCCUGAACCAGCCAAAUCCGCCCCGAAGAAGGGAUCCAAGAAGGCCGUUACAAAGACCGCCGGUAAGGGAGGAAAGAAGCGCAGAAAGUCCAGGAAGGAGAGUUACGCUAUCUACGUGUAUAAAGUCCUGAAACAGGUUCAUCCUGACACCGGGAUCUCUUCCAAGGCGAUGGGAAUCAUGAACUCUUUCGUCAACGACAUCUUCGAGCGCAUCGGCGGUGAAGCGUCUCGUCUCGCUCACUACAACAAGCGCUCCACCAUCACAUCGAGAGAGAUCCAGACCGCCGUGCGUCUGCUGCUGCCCGGUGAACUGGCCAAACACGCCGUGUCUGAGGGCACAAAGGCCGUCACCAAAUACACCAGCUCCAAGUAGAAGAACAUCCGGUUUCUCAACCAACACAAAGGCUCUUUUAAGAGCCACACAUCUUCUCAUUUAAAGAGUGGAUUAUUCAAGAUGAAAUUAGAACCUGUUUUUACUGGACAUGCCCCAGCCUUCCCUUAAUGAAAACAAACCAACUUGCAAAACUGUCACACGGUGUGUUUAUGAUUUGUGUUCGUAUUGCUGCCAUUUUAUCCAAACAGCUUUCACUGUCUCCAGACUUGAAUAUUAUUGAUAAUCUCUGGUUACAUCUUAAACGUGCAGAACAUGUGAGACACUGAUGUUGCUGAACAGCAAGAAACGUUUUGAAGGUGUAAUUUCUGCCAAUUGUGUGAUUAUUACAGACUGAAAGGAAUCCAAACUUUUGCACCUGACACGUUUAUUUGUAUAAUUUAUUAUUGUUUAUUUGUUUAAUAUCAUUUUUGUUAUCCAUAUAAACACAAUAUUUACUUGUUCUAGUGUGAAAUUGUAUAAAUAGAUGUAAAAAGUGUUUAGAGUCAUUAGAUGCUCAACAAUACAGGUGCAUCUCAAAAAGUUAGAAUAUCUGUUUUUGUAAUUCCUUUGCACAAAUGGUGGGAUAUUUGAUAACUACAGAGUUCUGCGCUCUCUCAAAAGCUUUAAAAGUGAACUACUAAUACAAUAUUUGUAUAAAAAUGUUUCAUGACUUUAUUAUCUUGUAAAUGCUACCCGCUAGGCUAACAGAUUAACACAUUAUACCCUCAUCAUACAUCAUAUCUCACAGUUUAUCAGUAGUCUUCCAAUUCUCUGUGCCCUACUGGAUGCUAUGAGAUAACAGAGAGUGACUGAUAUUGCUUUAGCAGGACCUAAUGGAGAGUGGUGCCAGAUACUUCUCUUUUCAUGAAGCUAAAGGAAGUGAACAGUACAGAGUGUGACAUAAACAGAUGCUGGAUCAAAAGUUAAGAAAUAAUCUACAAUCUAGGCAAUGAUCGCUUGCUAAAAACAUGGCUAAUGCCCGUGUAAAUGCUGAUGUAAGCAUGUUCCAGCGUAUGCGCUCCAGUUCACAUUGUCACAGCAGGAACAGCUAAAGGCCAUAGUGGAGGACUGAUCAUCACCCAUAGUCAUGUUAGCAGAGCAGUUAAUAGAGCCGUCAUGGUAUGAAGCAGAAAUGCUAUCAGCAUCUGAAUGUGGUGGACCAGUACCUCUCAGAGCAGCUACCUAACCCUAAAUCUAGCAGCACAUUGACCUCUAUGGUUCCAAAUGUUGGUGAGGACAGGUGCAAAAUCAUUAUGGCUACUCUGACAAGGUGAACUCAAAUCCUGGAAAUGAUGAGCACUAUAUCAUAAUCACUAGUCUGUACGUGCAGUACAUAUGCAAACGUAAAUGUCCACAACACACUUUUAUUUCUGUUUAAGUUAGGUGUUAUUGUUUAUAGUUUCAUGUCAUUUUGGGAGAAUACAAUUGUAUUGUAUAUGGUGUGUAUUGUAUAUAAUUAUCGUGUUGUGUAAGUAUGUUGUUUACUGUAAUUGGUAUAUGUCUCGUCACUGUCAUGACUGCUAUGUUGCUCGGAACUGCACACAAGAAUUUCACCUACUGUUGCACUUGUGUACAUGUGUGACAAUAAAGUGAUUUGAUUUGAUUGAUUUAUGUACAACCCGAAUUACGGAAAAGUUGGGACAAUUUUUAAAUUUGAAUAAAAUGAAAAC